AUGUCGAGUGUUUUCAGACUUACGAAUAUGGUGUUGGCCGAUUUAGGCCGGAAAAUCCGAAAUGCCAUCGGGAAAUUAGGCCAGGCAACAGUAAUUAAUGAAGAAGAACUGAAUAGUAUGCUGAAAGAUGUUUGUACAGCUCUUCUCGAGGCUGAUGUUAAUAUUCGUCUUGUGAAACAACUGAAAGAUAAUGUGAAAAAAACACUUGAUUUCGAUGAAAUGCCUGGUGGUGUUAAUAAAAGGCGUCUCAUUCAGCGUUGCGUUUUUACUGAACUUGUCAAAUUAGUGGAUCCGGACGUUAAAGCUUUUCAACCAGUUAAAGGAAAGCCAAAUGUCUUCAUGUUUGUUGGUUUGCAAGGUUCUGGGAAAACUACCACUUGUACUAAAUUAGCUUACUACUAUCAGCGAAAAGGAUGGAAAACUUGCCUAAUUUGUGCAGAUACGUUUCGUGCAGGUGCCUUUGACCAAUUAAAGCAGAAUGCUACAAAAGCUCGGAUACCUUUUUAUGGGAGUUACACUGAGAUGGAUCCGGUGGUGAUUGCGACUAAUGGUGUUGCAAAGUUCAAAGAAGAUGGGUUUGAAAUUAUAAUUGUUGAUACAUCAGGUCGUCAUAAGCAAGAGACCUCACUAUUCGAAGAAAUGCUUCAAGUGUCUAAUGCAGUGAAUCCAAAUAAUGUUGUAUUUGUUAUGGAUGCUUCAAUAGGUCAAGCUUGUGAAGCACAAGCCAAAGCAUUUAGUGAAACAGUCGAUGUCGGUUCAGUAAUCAUUACUAAAUUGGACAGUCAUGCAAAAGGUGGCGGAGCAUUAUCAGCUGUAGCGGCAACGAAGUCUCCAGUCAUUUUUAUUGGUACUGGUGAACAUAUUGAUGACUUUGAGGCUUUUGAGGUAAAAGCGUUCGUUCAGAAAUUACUUGGAAUGGGUGAUAUUGAAGGUUUGGUGAAAAAAGUGAAUGAAAUAGGUAUUGAAGAUAAUGAAGAAUUGAUCAAACGAUUAAAACAUGGAAUGUUUACCUUACGCGAUAUGUACGAGCAGUUCCAGAAUAUUCUGAAAAUGGGACCUUUUAAUCAAAUUAUGAGUAUGAUUCCUGGCUUUGGUCCUGAUUUCAUGUCUAAAGGAAAUGAGCAAGAGUCACAGUCACGAUUAAAAAAAUUAAUGACAAUAAUGGACAGUAUGUCAGAUGCAGAGCUGGAUCAUCCUAAGGCAAAUGAUUUGUUUUCAAAAGAGUCAGGUCGCAUUCAGCGUGUAGCUAGAGGUAGUGGAACUGCAGUCAGUGAAGUCAAAGAACUUUUGAUGCAAUAUAAAAAAUUUGCUGAUAUGGUUAAGAAGAUGGGAAGUAUGAAAGGCUUAUUUAAGAAUGGCGAUAUGAAUACUAAAAACAUCAAUCCAUCACAAUUGCAAAAAUUGAAUCAACAAAUGGCAAAAAUGAUGGAUCCUCGCGUAUUACAGCAUAUGGGUGGCAUGGGAGGUUUGCAGAAUAUGAUGAGACAAUUACAAGGAGCAUCAUCUGCUAUGUCUAACAGAAGGAAUAAUUAA